CCCGGAGUGUCGACCAUCCCUCUCUCUCUAACCAGACGUACGGCGUUCGAAUUCUCUUGCUUUCCCCGAGAACUCGCGAGUUUUCGCCACGACCGAGGAUUUACCGGUGAGCCUGACCGUUUUUGCGAAUGCCGGAGACGGAGGCCGUCCCCGACGAUCUCCGAUGCAACCGCUCCGACGGCCGGAAAUGGCGGUGCAAGAGACGGGCCAUGGAGGGGAGGAAGAUGUGCGAAAUUCACCACUUGCAGCUCAAUCUGAGGCAACACAAACAGAAAGUGCCGGAGUCGCUGAAGCUCGUCAGAUCGAAGAACGUCGCGGAAGCGUCGGGGACUGAGUUAACCAGCGGAAUUAGGGCACGGAGAUCGGGUAAAUCGGGGAAAGCGUCGAAGAGGAAGCGAGUGAUGGGUGAGGCCGAGGCCGUGGACGAGGCCGUGAGAAAGAUGAAGUUGAAGAGAGGGGAUGCUCGGCUGGACUUGAUAAGGAUGGUGUUGAAGAGGGAAGUGGAGAAGAUGAAAAAGCCGAACAAGAAGAAGAAGAUGAAUAAAAAGGAAAGUAACAGAGAAUUCGAUGAUUCCGAGGGUUCUGACGAAGACCUGAUGAGGUUUCUACCUUAUGGCGUUAUGGCAAUUUCUUCAUCUUCUCCAAACACAAGCAAUGCAGCUUCUUCAUGUGAUGUAAAAGUGGGUGCGGAACCAAUUUCAGUGAGCAGAAGAAGAUUUAGGUCCAAGAACAUUGAGCCAUUUCCUGUUGGCAAGAUGCAGGUGGUGCCUUUCAAGGAGAACUUGGUUAAUGCCAGGAAGGAGAAGAAGAAGAGGUGCCAUUGGUGUGGAAGAAACGGAUUUGGGAAUUUGAUCUGUUGCUUAAAUUGUAAAAGAGAGUUCUUUUGCUUAGAUUGUAUAGGAAAAAGGAAUGCUGGAUCGAGAAAAGAAGUCGAGAGAGAAUGUCCUAUAUGCCGUGGAUCAUGUGGGUGCAAAGCCUGUUCAGUCACUAUGUCUGGAGUCACCCAAUGUAAGGACGUUCUGAUCACCAGGAGUGAAAUCGACAGAGUUCUCCAUCUACAUUAUCUGAUAUGCAUGCUUCUUCCAGUACUCAAACAAAUAAACGCAGAACACAAAACGGAGCUGGAAAGAGAAGCAGAAAUGAAAGGACGGAAUCCAGCUGAACUUCACAUCCAGAGCUCUGAUGAACGACAUCACUGCAGUAGCUAUUGCAACGCUGCCAUAGCAGGUCUGCACGGAGGCUGCCAUUGUGACAAGGAUCAGAACCAAGGGAGCUCACCGAUAAAGACUAGAUCAAUUAUUCUGAAAUGCUCAAAUGAUAGACUACCGGCUUUGCUCAUUGCUAGGAAUCAAUCUCCAAAGGAACGCCCACGAGAUUGUGAACUUGGACAUAGUUCUAGCGAAGAAUUGCUUCGUCAUGAGUCCCCUGAUGUCAGUGGUGAAUUAUCCUGCAUAGACAGAGAAGCCAGUGGGUUUGGUAAUGACCUUCGUACUUUGACAAUGAAGCUAGAGACUAGUGCAGAGGAAAUAGUCAGUUGUUAUGAGUUGCCAGAAAUCUUAGACAAAUCCUCUGGCUGUUCAUUUUGUCGUGGGACGGAAGAGGAAUCUGGAAAGGUCAAGCACUUGAAAGAAGCAGCUAGAAGAGAAGACAUGAGUGGAAACUUUCUGUAUUACCCCAUCAUGACAGAUUUUAACAACAACAGUCUUGAACAUUUUCAGACGCACUGGAGUCAAGGUCAACCAGUAAUAGUUCAGAAUGUAAUAAAGGGUGCGUAUGACUUGGACUGGGAUCCAGUAGCUAUGUUCUGUGCUUAUCUUCAGAACAGUAAUAGCAACUCUCAGAACGAUGAAGCAGAUAAAACUUCCGAUUGUUCGGACUGGUUUGAGAUAGAUAUUGGGGUUCGGCAAUUAUUUUUGGGAUCUUUGAGAGGAAGAGCUGAGACCAAUACAUGUCAAGAGAAGUUGAAGCUGCAAGGUCGGGUUCCAUCCCGGUUGUUUGAAGAACAGUUCCCCGCUCAUUACGCUGAAGUGUUGAAUAUUCUACCAAUUCCCCAUUACAUGGAUCCGGAAUGUGGUCUAUUAAAUAUUGCUGCCAAACUACCCUUUGAAAUCCAAACGCCUGAUCUAGGUCCAUGCCUCAAUAUUUACUACAGGAGUGGUGAGGAAUUCGUCCAGCCUGAUUCCUUGAAAAAGUUAGGUUUUGAACUUUGUGAUAAGGUUGAUAUUCUGUUGCAUGUCACAGAAGCCUGGGUAUCCACAAAGGAGAUCUGUAGGAUAAGAAAACUUAUGAAAAGGAAAAAUGCUCAAGAUGAGGUGAUGAAUAAGGAAAGGGAUGCAUCCAAGAUGGUAAAUGAUAAUAUGAUUAGUAUCGAUAAAUUGGGAUCUGAUAAAUAUGGAGAGAACAGCAAGAGCAGGAUACAAAGAGCAAAGAAACAAUCUGGGUUUGCAACUGAAAGAUGUGAUCUGGGCCAUAAGGAUAGAGAAGCUUCAUAUAGUGGGGACGAUCAGUCGGAUUACCAUUCGGGCUCUGAUUCAGAAUAUGAAGACAGGCAGAUUCAGGGGCCCCGACGAGAAAACGGCAACAAUUCCUGUGAAGAAGAUUUAGGCAGCUCCUAUGGUGUCCAGUGGGAUAUCUUCCGGAGACAAGAUGUUCCGAAAUUAAUGGAGUAUCUUAAGAAGCACUCUCACAAGAAAGUGAGUCAUCCACCCCUUGAUCGGAGUUACUAUCUCGAUGCAUAUCACAAAAAACAGCUAAGGGAGGAAUUUGAAAUUGAGCCUUGGACUUUUGACCAACAUGUCGGGGAAGCAGUGAUCAUCCCUGCUGGAUGUCCAUAUCAGAUAAGGAAAGUUAAGUCUUGUGUCAAUGUGGAGCUGAACUUUGUCUCGCCUGAACACGUUAACGCAUCCAUCCGAAGAGCAGAGGAACAAUGUCUUCUUCAACAUCACCAUAAAGCAAAAGGACCAGAGAUUGAGGUGAAGAAAAUGGCUAUCCAUAAAAUCAGCGAGGCCAUAAAGGAAAUACGCCAGCUCACUUCUUCUUCGGAUUCAACCACUUCAUCGAAGUAGCUAAAGGUACACUGAUCUAACCAGGUGAGAUUCUUGUAUUCUUCUUCUGGGGCGUUCUCUUGUUUUUCUUGUAACCCUAAUUCAGUUGCAAGCGAGAGAAUGUUAAAUGAAAAACAAAACAAAACCAUUCACAUUGUCAUUCAAAGCUCUUCAGUAACGCAGGGAGGGACCUGAAUACAUUUUUCAGGAUAUUAGGGUUUGAUCAAACAGUGUUACAGUACAGUGAGUGUCAUUUUUUUUUGUGGUAAAUUUUCCAUAUAUUUUACAUGGUUUUACUGAUUUAAAGAAUCACCCCCUGAUUCAAUAGAAAGCGUUUUGGCUAUUCUCUAAUUCGAGAAUAUGAUGGUUGCAUGUAAUCUUUGGUCCAUAACAGCUCAAGAAAAUGAAUCUGUGUUCUGUCUUUUCUUUACUCUUGCAAGUGAAGUUUCAGGUGAAGAGAUUAUUUGAGCAGAAGGCAUUCUUCUUGCCAAUAAGCCAUAACCAAUCCAAAGCAACCCCUGCAAAUAUCUCCCCAAGGCAUUGUGCUCCGGACCCUUCACCAGACACUGCAAAAUAACGGUGAUUCAAACCGUAUUCCUGAGGUUUAGUCCUUUCAGAUUUAGCUGUUACAUGUUUUGUAAAAAGUACCUUGUAACCUCUUGGAGCGGUGGUAAGGAAUGCAGACAGUGAGAUUACUGUUUGUUAGA